AUGCCUGUUUGUGGCAGAAGACUGCUGGAGCGCCAGCCCCCGGGCUACGGGAGCCUCCCUGAGUCCGGCAUGGAUGUCAGCGGCUACCAGACCAAAACCUGGAAGGUCAUCCUCUGCCACCUCCUAUCCCUGCUCACGCUGGGCAGCCUCCUGGUCGUCUUUCACUGGAAGCCUCGUCUCAGAGUCCAGGCGCGAUGCAGCCGCUGCCCGCUGCGCCAGGCUGACUGGGUGGUCAUUACAGACCGGUUUGGCCAGUGCUUCACCACACGAGUGCAAACAGAACAAGUCGAGGAAGGCAGUCUCGCCCUUUGCCCUGCUGCUGCUGCUGAUGGGAGAAGCAGCAUCGCCGUGGGAGUGUCAGAGGACACAGACGCCAGAGACACAAUAUGGCUUCAUCCAAAGGAGGUGGAGGAGGAGGAGGAGAAGGGUUGUGCCCUCCGUUAUUACCUCUUCGAAGGGUCGCGCUACGUCUGGAUUGAGGAGUGGGAAGCAUUCUGCAGGGUCAGCAAGUUAGACGAGAGCAGGACCUGCGCAGACAUCCAGUCCUCCCGCCGUGGGCUGAGCGCCCGGGAACGGAGCGCCAGGAGAAAGGUUUACGGACCAAACCUGAUAGAUGUACCAGUCAAAUCUUAUCUCAGCUUGCUGAUAGCGGAGGUCUUGAAUCCAUUCUACAUCUUCCAAGUCUUCAGUAUGUCCUUGUGGAUCUGCGAGAGUUACUACUAUUAUGCGGCCUGCAUCUUUAUCAUAUCCGCUGUCUCAAUCGGAAUCUCUCUUUACGAGACAAGGAAGCAAAGUAAAACCCUGCAGAGCAUGGUGCAGAUGUCGGUCAGCGUGAGAGUCUUCACGGCCAGCAGAGAGGAAACAACCAUGGACUCCAGUGACCUCGUGCCGGGCGACUGCAUCGUGGUACCCGCAGACGGGAUGUUUGUUCCUUGUGAUAUGGCCCUGCUGACUGGAGAAUGCAUGGUCAACGAAAGCCUGCUGACGGGAGAAAGCACCCCAGUGAUGAAGACCCCGUUGCCCGAAGGCCCACAGGCUGCCAGCUCCGUCUAUUCCCCUGAGGAGCACCGGCGGCACACGCUCUUCUGCGGGACACAGGUCCUCCAGGCCCGGCCCUACGCGGGGGCCGAGGUCCUGGCCGUCGUGACUCGCACAGGCUUCUGCACUGCCAAAGGAGACCUCAUCAGUUCCAUCCUCUACCCCAAGCCCCUGAACUUCAAAUUUUAUAAGGAUGCGGUGAAGUUUGUCCUCUUCCUUGCAAUCCUGGCUGCUCUUGGGACUGCCUACAGCAUCUUCAUCUUAAUUCGAAAUCGGGUUCCUGCUUGGCAGAUAGUGCUCCGAGGCUUGGAUAUCGUCACGGUGGUCGUGCCGCCAGCCCUGCCGGCUGCAAUGACUGUGGGCACCAUCUAUGCCCAAAACCGCCUGAAGAAGCGUGGGAUCUUCUGUGUCAGCCCUCCCCAGAUCAACCUCUGUGGGAAGGUGCGCCUGGUCUGCUUUGAUAAGACAGGAACUCUCACCGAGGAGGGCCUGGAUAUCUGGGGCGUCGUGCCCCGGGAGAACGGCUCUUUCCUGCCGAUUGUUCAUGAGGUGCGCUACGUGGGUGAGGGCCCCUUGCUCCGCUGCCUGGUCUCCUGCCACACAGUCUCUCUGCUCAGAGAUCAGCCCAUUGGAGACCCUGUGGACCUCAAGAUGCUGGAAUCCACUGGAUGGACCCAGGAGAUGGUUGAGGGAGCGGAGGCGGAGGCCCAAGUGGUUCGGCUUUUUGGGUCAAAGGCACUGGUUGUGAUGAAUCCGCCGCCCCUGGAGGACCAGCCUGUCGGUGCACGGCACACAGUCCCCCUCGCCGUUCUCCGCCGCUUCCCGUUUGCCUCCUCCCUGCAGAGAAUGAGUGUCUUGGUGAAGAUGCCUGGUGGCGCCUCCUCAGAGGCUUAUAUGAAGGGGGCUCCAGAAAUGGUGGCUAGCCGUUGCACACGAGAAUCAGUUCCCGUGGAUUUCUCUGAAACACUGCGUCAUUACACGAGCCAUGGCUUCCGCGUGUUGGGGCUCUCCUACAAACCCUUUGCUGCCAUCCGGACCUUUGAAGAAGCCCAGGAGGCGCCGAGGUGGGACAACAUGCUGACUGCAGUGAACGUGGCCAGGAGCUGCCGGAUGGUGGAGCCGGGGGAGCCGGUGGUCUUUGUGAACGCCCUGCCUCCCAGCGAUGGCCAGCCGUCUGCCCUCCGAUUCAUCCCCGCCGAGCCUCCCCCACAGCCGCUGGAGGGUUCCUACCAGCAGGAGAGCUACUUUCUGGAACGGCACCCUUCUCACUUUGCCUUGAAUGGGAAAUCCUUUGCCGUGGUCUGUGAGCACUUCCGUGAUCUCCUGCCAAAGAUACUGGUACGAGCCACAAUUUUUGCCCGGAUGUCACCUGACCAGAAAGCUCUCUUGGUUCGCAGUCUGCAAGGCCUGAACUACUGCGUGGGGAUGUGCGGGGAUGGUGCCAAUGACUGUGGAGCCCUGAAGGCCGCUGAUGUGGGGAUCUCGCUCUCGGAAGCAGAGGCUUCUGUGGCCUCGCCUUUCACGUCCAAAGUUGCCAACAUUGAGUGUGUGCCCAUCGUCAUACGGGAGGGCCGAUGCUCUCUGGUCACCUCCUUUGUGGUCUUCAAAUACAUGGCCCUCUACAGCUUGGUGCAGUUCGUCUCCGUGCUCCUGCUCUACACGAUCAACACCAACCUCAGUGACCUGCAGUUCUUCUUCUUCGACCUGGUGAUCACCACCACCGUGGCCGCUCUGAUGGGCAAGACCGCGCCGGCCAAGGAGCUGGGGCCGGAGCGCCCACAAGGGACGCUGAUCCACCCCGUCGUCUUGGGCAGCCUCCUCCUCCAGACAGGGCUCCUCGUUGCCGUCCAGGUCAUCUGCUACUUCAUUACCGUCUCUCAGAGAUGGUACGUUCCGUUGAACAGCACUGUGACGGCCCCUGAGAACCUCCCGAAUUAUGAAAACACGGUUGUGUUCUGCAUCUCAGGGUUCCAGUACCUCAUUCUGGCUGUGGCCAUGUCCAAGGGCUACCCUUUCAGGGAACCCCUCUAUAGCAACGUGUUCUUUUUGGUUGCCCUCAUUGUCCUGUUUGGCCUCAUGGUCUGGUUCACCCUUUACCCGCUGGGCUUCAUGACCAUGUUGACGCUGAAGGAGAUUGACGACAUGAACUUCAAGCUGGUGCUGCUUGGCAUGGCCACGCUCCAUUUCUUCAUGGCCUUUGUGUUGGAGACCUUCUUGGACCACAGCUUGUUGGAUGGCUUACGGAAGCUGCGCCGCAAGAAGGCCUCCAAGAAGAUCUUCAAGAGGCUGGAGAAAGAGCUCCGCCAGCAGCAGCCAGCGUGGCCCCCGCUCUAUGAGCCUCUCUUUGCCCCCCCCUCGGCAGGCUCCAUCACUGCAAGGUGAUGCUGCCAAAGGCCAUGAGGUGUGGCAGCCGGAAUCCUGGCUGGGCCGCUGUGACGCGUGGCUGCGUAACGUCUUAUCCUGGGCAAUGGUGCGCUUCGUUGCUGCUCCACAGGACGCAGUGGCAACAGACGGGUAGUGCUUCGGCCCCGUAAGAGCCCUUGAGCUACAGCUCCCCCAGGCAGGCAGGCAGGAGGUUUCAGCCGCACCAAAGGCGGGGGGGGGGGAAGCGUCAAGGGGCCCGUGGCCCUCCUUAGCACUGGACCCUUCUCCUGCAGGCCCCGUGGUGCUUGCUGCCGCCAAGCGUGGGAUCCCUGUCCUGCCCCCUCCC